CUUCUGCGAAUCGACAGAGGAACACUCGAGUGGAAAGACCGACCAUGGCUCGACUCAUUUGGCUCGUCGUUUUGCUCGUCGCCGCCGCCCUGGCCAACGAUUCUUCAAACAAGCCGCAAGAAUCCGAGUUUCGACAGGAAAUUCUGACAAAUUUGAACAGGACGAAUGAAAAGCUGGAUCGCUUGAUGAGAAUCGUCUUCAACCAGCCUGGAGAGACGCGGAGACUUGUGGAGGAGCAAAACGAAAAGUUAAGGGAGGAGUUGAUCAAACUUUCCAACGCGACCAACGACCGACUGGACCAACUGGCCAAAACUGUCGACCAGCACCAGAAUCAGAUUUUUGAAAUCAUAAACUCGUUGAAAUGCAUCGUUGCUCGUUUGUCGAACUUAACGUUGCUGAAUUGCAAGAUUUACUCCUUCCAUCAAACUUUCGCAAACUGGACUUCUGCAAACGAGAUUUGCAACAAAAAUUGUCUCAACUUGGCCACGAUCAGAGAUCUUAAUGAGGCACAGCUGGUCGCGGCUGAAGCGCAAAGAAUCAAAAAGGGUUAUGCUUGGUGGGUUUCGGCAAAAAAUCUAGGAAGGGGAAGUGAAAAGGAUUUCCUUUGGCGCGACGGGACCAAGUUGGAGUUGGACAGUCCGAUGUGGGUGGAAAAUGGGGACAAGACGCAGGACUGCGUUCGCAUCCAUAAUUGGACCAAUGGAAAAUUGCAAGGCUAUCCAUGCAACAGUGAUCAACCUUUCAUUUGCGAGCUGCCCAGCGAAUGUUACUGAGAGUUUAUUUCAAUCUGAUUAACACCUCGAUCAAACAAACUUUUUUAAACUAAUUUUUUUCUUGCAAAAAAUUAUUAAUUAAUUAUUGAUUUUUGUUUGGCGGAACAUCUAGAUGUUGAUUUUGUUGUCCCAUAAUUCUUUUGCGCAAUAAAGUUGGUAUCACAUAUU